CUCCGCGGACGUCCAGUCGCCGGGCUGCUCCUCGCCCCGCCCCGUCAUUGUCCCCGCCGGACUCCCUUUCCGUCCCCCGUCCGUCCUCGGAGCUCCGAGAGUCGCUGGCUGCCCCCGCCGCCCCGCGUCUCUCCACCGUCGGCGGGCCAGCCUUGCGAGCAAGAUGGAGGGCUGCCUGGGGGAGGAAUCUUUGCAGAUGUGGGAGCUCAACCGGCGCCUGGAGGCCUACGUGGCGCGGGUCAAGGCGCUGGAGGAGCAGAACGAGCUGCUCGGCGCGGAGCUCGGGGGCCUCCGGGCGCAGAGCGGGGACGCCUCGUGGAGGGCCCGCGCCGACGACGAGCUGGCGGCCCUGCGGGCGCUCGUCGACCGGCGCUGGCGCGAGAAGCACGCGGCCGAGGUGGCGCGCGACAACCUGGCGGAGGAGGUGGAGGGCGUGGCGGCCCGGUGCCAGCAGCAGCGGCGGGCGCGGGAGCGGGCGGCGGCCGAGGCGGCCCGCAGCCGGCGCGAGGCCGAGGCCGAGAAGGGCGCCCGGGCGCGGCUGAGCUCGCGGGCGGCGGAGCUGGAGCGGGAGCUGGAGGCCGUGUGCGCGGCGCACGAGCAGGAGCGCGCCGCCCUGAGCGCCCGGCCCCGCGCCCCCCGCCGCCCCGCCGCGCCCCGCGGGCCCCCCGCGCCGGCCCCCGAGCUGCACGAGCUGGCGCGGCGGCUGGGCGAGGCGUGGCGCGGGGCGGUGCGCGGCUACCAGGAGCGCGUGGCGCUCAUGGAGGCGUCGCUGGGCCAGGCCCGCGAGCGCCUGGGCCGCGCCGCGCAGGGCGCCCGCGAGGGCCGCCUGGAGCUGCGGCAGCUGCGGGCGGAGCGCGGCGGCCUCCGGGAGCGCCGGGCCGCGCUGGAGCACAGGUUGGAGGGCCGCUGGCAGGAGCGGCUGCGGGCCACCGAGCAGUUCCAGCUGGCCGUGGAGGCCCUGGAGCAGGAGAAGGAGAGCCUGCAGAGCCAGAUUGCCCAGGUCCUCGAAGGUCGGCAGCAGCUGGCACACCUCAAGAUGUCCCUCAGCCUGGAGGUGGCCACAUACAGGACCCUCCUAGAGGCUGAGAACUCCCGGCUGCAGACCCCCGGCAGUGGUUCCAGGGCUUCCCUCAGCUUCCAGGACCCUAAGCUGGAGCUGCAUUUCUCUGGGACGCCAGAGGGCCGGCAUCUGGGACCUCUGCUCUCUGCCCUGAGCCCUACUCCCCUCUCCUCGCCCUUGCCUGAUACCCUGGAGACACCUGUGCCAGGCUUUCUGAAGAGCCAAGAAUUCCUCCAGGCCCGUACCCCAACCUUGGCCAGCACCCCCAUCCCGCCCACACUUCUGGCUCCCUGCGCUGUUACAGAUGCAGAGAUCAAAACCCAGGAUGCCCCCCUCUCCCUGCUCCAGCCGCAGCUUGGGAGGCAGUGGGCUCCAGAGGCCAUAUGGGCUAAAGCCAAGGAGGCCAUCACUACCAGCAUCCUGCCAGGACCAGAGGAACCCGGGGGUGAGCAACAAGAGGCCAGUGCAGGCCAGUCCCCUGAGGAUCAUGUCCCCUCAGCCCCACCCCUCAACCCUGACCGCCCUAGUUUAGAGGCCAAAGGUGGAGAACCCAAUGGGUCUGGAAUGUCCAGCAGAUUCCAGGAGGAAGGUGAAGGGCAAAUUGGGGGGCUGGCAGAGAAAGAAACAGCCAUAGAGGUCAAAAUGGUGAACGGUCUGCAGCAGGAAACAUGGCAAGGAGAUGGGGGUCUGAACAUGAAGAAAAUCCAGGACUCCCAGGGUCCUUUGGAAAAAGAAACUCUGAAGUCUCUGGAAGAGGAAAUUCAAGAGCCACUGAUGUCUCUGGAAGAACAGACCCACGAGACACUGAGAUCUCUAGAGAAAGAGAAUCCAGAAUCUCUGCGGUCUUCAGAAGAAGAGAUUUUAGACACAUCUAAAGGUCUAGAAAAGGAGAAUCAAGAGCUAUUGAUGUCUUUAGAAGAAAAGAAUGCAGAUGUAGUGAGACCUCAAGAAACAGAGACUCUAGAACUACUUCAGCCUGUAGGAAAUGAGGACUCACAGACAUUGCGAUCUCUAGAAAAGGAGAAUCAAGAACUAAUGAGGUCUCUUGAAGGUACUCUAGAGACAUUUGUAUAUCCAGAGAAGGAAAGUCAAGAAUUAGUGAGGUCUCGAGAAGAGAACUUUGAGUCAAUGAGAGAUCUAGAAAAGGAGAACCAAGAGCCCCUGAGAACUCUAGAAGAUGGGAAUCGAGAGAACUUGAGACUACAAGAAAGAGAGAACCAGGAGUUUCUGAACCCUCUGGAAGAUGAGAAGCACAAGACCUUGAGAACUCUAGAAAAAGAGAACCAGGAACCACUGAGGUCUCUGGAAGAAGAGGACCGAGAGACAACGAAGCCUCUAGAAAAAGAAAACCAAGAGCCAGUGAAGGCUCUAGAAGAUGAGAACCAGGAGACAUUGAGACCACUAGAAAAAGAGAGCCAGAGGUCCUUGAGGUCUUUAGAAGAAGAGGACCAGGAGACAACGAAGCCUCUAGAAAAAGAAAACCAAGAGCCAGUGAAGUCUCUAGAAGAUGAGAACCAGGAGACAUUGAGACCACUAGAAAAAGAGAGCCAGAGGUCCUUGAGGUCUUUAGAAGAAGAGGACCAGGAGACAACGAAGUCUCUAGAAAAAGAGAACCAAGAGCCAGUGUGGUCUCUAGAAGAAGACCAGGCAACAUUGAGACUUCUAGAAAAAGAGAACCAGAAGCCAGUGGGAUCUCUAGAUAAGAACCAAGAGACAUUGAGACCUCUAGAAAUAGAGGACCAGGAGCCAGUGGGGUCUCUAGAAGAUGAGAACCAGGAGACAUUGAGACCACUAGAAAAAGAGAACCAGAGGUCUCUAGAAGAAGAAGACGACCAGGAGACAAUGAGACCUCUAGAAAAAGAGAGCCAGGAGCCAGUGGAGUCUUUAGAAGAAGACCAGGCAGCACUGAGACUUCUAGAAAAGGUGAAACAAGAGCCACUGAAGUCUCUUGGAAAAGACCAGGAGAUAUUUCGACCUCUUGAAAAAGAGAAUCAACAGUUGUUAAGAUUCCUAGAAGAAGAGAGUGCAGAGGUGAUGAGAUCUCCGGAAACAGAGAAUUUAGAAUCACUCCAGUCAGCAAGAGAAGACUUGGGAAUAUUGCAGUCUCUAGGAACUCAAGAGCCGCUGUGGUCUCCAGGAGAAGUGAAUCAGGAGACAAUGAAACCUCUAGAAAGGGGAAGUCAAGAACCACUGGAGUCAGUAGAAGAGAACCAGGAGACAUUGAGGCUCCUAGAACAGGAGAACCAGGAGUCCCGGAGAUCUCCAGGAGAGUGGGGCCUAGAAAAUUCGAGGCCUCCAGAAGGGAGAGGUCAGGAAAGUCAAAGGUGCCUGAUAGAGGAAGAGACCCCGGAGCAGGCGAGGAAUCAGGAGCCCCCGGGGUCUUUGAAAGAGGAAAGGCAGGAGUCCCCGCUGUCUGCCCGACACCAGGGGAGGGAAGAGAGAGUGGCGGACCAGGAACUGGAUCAGGAAACGCCCCCCGGUGGGGCCGCAGGGGGCAAGGAGGCCGAGGCAGAGCUGGGCGUGAGGGAGUGGGGUAGCCUCCCCGGGAAGUCCGCGGGGCACGGAGAGCUGCAGCUGGCGGCCGCAAGGGAGGUCUGGAGCACAGGGGAGGGGCGCCCAGGGGGCCCUGAGCCCGAGGAGCAGAGGGUCCCGGUUGAGGGAGCCAGGGGGGAGGGAGGCCCCGAGGGCUUCCAGGACCCUGAAGGGCAGCCAGAGCAAGCGGGGGGCCCGGGCCUCCGAGCUCCCCAGGGAGUGUUGGAGGGGAGAGACCUGGUGUUGGAAGGCGGAGAAGAGGCCCCAAGGGAUGGCCAGGUCUCAGAGGUCGCCUCGACGGCUGUGGGUGAGGCUGCUUCGGGCAGCCAGCAGGGACCAGAGCGGGAGGUGGUGGUGCCACCCGUGGGUGAGGAAGGUUUGGAGGCAGAGAGGAGGCAGGGCUUGGAAGAACCCCAAAAGGACCCAGAGGAGGCAGCUGCUCUGAAACCAGAGCUUUCCAGCCCGGCUGGGAGGAGCACAGACCCCCCGGAGCCUCCCAGAGGCUGGGAGGAGUCGGAGCCCGAGGGCCUCUGGGGGGCAGAGGGGGCGUUCCCUGCCGAGACCCUGUGCCGCGCUCUCGGCGGAAGUGGUACCCCUCAGCCCGGGCCCCAGGGGCCCGAGGACGCAGGGGAAGAGGCAGUGUUAGAGCCAGCGUCGCCGCCCAAGCCAUCGGAGCCCCGGUCGCCCACCCCAAUCCCUGGAGAUGCCCCUGGGCCCCAGCCCCUGGCUGCGGGGAGCCAGGAGGCUGGCUGGGGGCUGGAGGGCCAAGCGGAGGCUCUGGGAGGGGUGGAGGGGGAGCCAGAGGAGCUGGGUUCUGAGGGGAGCCCUGAGGAUCUCCAGGAGGAGGGGGAGGAGAACCGAGAGGACAGCGAGGCUGAUGAGCUUGGGGAGACUCUUCCUGACUCCACUCCCCUGGGCCUCUAUCUCAGGUCCCCCGCCUCCCCCAAGUGGGACCUGCUUGGGGAGCAGAGGCCCCCCCCUCAAGGGGAGACCAGAAAGGAAGGCUGGGAUCCUUGUGUGCUGGCCUCUGAAGAGUGUGGGGCCCAGCCAGGGGAAGAGGAGGAGGGGGAGGAGGAGGGGAGGAGGGAGGAGGAAUGCGGUCAGGACUCUGACUUGUCAGAGGAAUUUGAGGAUCUGGAGGCUGAGGGUUCUCUCCUUCCUGGGGUCCCCGGGGAGGCUGUGGAGCCUCCAGGCCAGAGGCCUCAGAUGCUGCUGGAGCCUGCAGCCUGGGAAGGGGAUGGGGAGUCUGAUGGGUUUGCAGAUGAGGAAGAGAGUGGGGAGGAGGGGGAGGAAGACAAAGAGGAAGAAGAGGGGAGGGAGCCAGGGGCUGGCCUGUGGGGCCCAGGGCCCUCUGUCAGCACCCUCCGCGCUCUGAGUGGCCCUCAGAGAGGGACCGUCCCGGGCUCUGAGACCGUGGAUGUCAGCGUUCCCUGGGACGACAGCUCGCGAGGCAUAGCAGCCGAUGCCGGUGAGGAGUCCCAGGACAGCACCGAGCCCGAGCCCUCGGGCUCAGAGGAAGAGUCUGACCCUACUCCCUUGGAGAGCGAGGACCCAGUCCCUGGCCCUCUGGAGAGCCGCUGUGGGGUGGGAGACACCCUUGGGGUCAAUGGCCGGGUCCCCAGCUUGAAGGAGGAGUUAGAGCAUGUGAAUGGGGGGGUGGUAAAUGGGCUGGAGCAGUCAGAGGGAGGAGGGCAGGGAGAACCAGGGGGCCCCCAGGGGGACCAAAGGAGCCCCUUGGAGGACGAGGAGGAGGGGGGUGCCCUGAAGACUCCUUGGGCAGGACCUUCUCUUCACCUGGGCCCAGGCCAGUUCCUGAAGUUCGGUCAGAGGGAAGGAGACGUGGAGUCCUGGUCCUCGGGCGAGGACUAGAGCGAGAGCCCCUCUCCCCUCACUGAGGACUUGGUGGGGUGGGAGUGGGGGCUCCGAGCCCCCUCCCUGCUCAGAGGCAGCACCCUUAAGUUAUCAUCUCCUGACCUGUGGUUUCUGUCCCUGAGGCCUGACUGGCCAGGGCGAAGCAAGGGGUGGCACAGGGAGACGCUCCAAGAACAGAGGCCCCCAGACCCUGCGAAGGGGCCACCCUGCCGGCACUGUCCCUCGAGGCUUAAGCCAGCUGAACCGCUGUAGGACUAGGCCCUUUCCUGACACCCCCUUUCUCCCCCUCCUGCCAGUGGGGGAGGGCUCCUCCCGGGAGAGGGGGCUGUGGCACCCUUCACCGUGAUGUGCCCCCUCAUCGCACCUUCUUGGGGUGUCUGGCCACCCAUGAGGGUGUGUUCCCAUGUCCUGACCCCCUGUGUUCCUGCCCCCUCGUGUCUGGCUCAUCCCUGCCUGAAUAAAGUCAUGCUUCCACCUA